UUGGUGAUUCGUGAUCCGCAGUUGCAAACCCAACAGUUCCACUUGCGAUAUGCGCUGAUGAGUGACGUCUGGAUGGACAACCAGCAGGCAAUCCUGUUUGCCGCCAAUGCAUUUCGUGAUGCUUGUGCCGAAGGGCGCUGGGCUGAUGCACGCUGUGCAGCAGUUUCACUGAAAUUUUCAGCCGCACAUGCUUCGGAGGAUUCUGAUGGCAUCAUGGAUUUGGGAAGACAAGAAGGUACGGACUCAGCGAAAAGGUCUGAUGUUCUUUGGUUUGCAGCCUCUUCCGCGAGGUCUGGAUUGUUGAAAAUGUUAGCCGCCUUUUCUGCGCGCGUCGCACGCGGACCUUCUCAAGAGCUGGCAUUGGCAGCCGUGGCUGCCUGCACAGCUAUGUUGCCGGAGGUAUGGCCUGCUGGAGCGGCAGAUGAUCUAUUGAGUAUGUCGGGUGUUCUCAGUUUGCUACUCCGGGCGGCCGCUACUGUGAGUCGCACAAUGCCAGGAAUGGGUGGCUUCGCAACAUUGAGGGCCUGCCGAGCGGCUGCAGAACUUUUGACCGAAUUGUUAGAGGCAUCUGCUCCAGAUUUGAGGCUUUCAUCUGAGGCCGCACUGCUGAGGGACUCGACUCUUGCAGCUCCAAUGCAAUGUCUUUCGGAAGCCUUGCUGAGUGUGCAUCCAGAUCCUCGACUCAACGAGGCUUUCUUGGAGCUGCUUUGGCGUGGACUGCGGCGUGUGGCACCGGGAGCUGCUUUGUCUUCCUUGGCAUCGGCACAUCCUGCCUUGGUCUGUCUGGAAGAGUGUCAGGCCGGCCUAUGCUCCAAGCUCCGGAGUUUAUCUCCAGAUCAAUUGCUGGCAGAUGCCAGGGGGCUUGCCCUGGAGUUAUGCGCAUCGCCACCGGUUGCCUUUACUUUUAUGUCCAAGGGGUGGUACGACGGACAGAUGGGGACAGCUGUAUUUUCGUCUCACUGCAUUGGAUUGCAUCAGGAAGGCGAGUUGGAGCCGUACCUGGAGCUUCCAUGGGAGUGUUGUCAACUUCAUGACUUGCGGCUCAUGCAGGCACAUGAAGGUCUCGGGUUUGAGAACUUCCAGGUGGUCGCGGUGCUGUCGAUGGACCAUGUGCAACUUCUACAACUGGGAUGCAUGUCCGAGGGAGAAGUGCCACCGUCUUCACCAGCACUGGAGCUCCUAUUAGAUGGGUCAUUGGAAGAGGUGCAAGAGACCUUCAAUCACUGUAUGAGUGUCGGCAGAGUCUCCUUCGUCACCGGAUUUGCUCCACGUGCUUUGGAGGAGACUUCGCCGAUUGCUCCGGCCAAGUGUCGAGAGGAUCCUAUCCUGGUGCAGGAGUCACCGAAAGCUUCCACUCCGCUUGGCUUCAAGACAAGGGCCAAAAUCCGUGAGCAGAAAAGCAGAGAACCAGUGGGACCAUUGGCACCCCUUGUGGAAGAGUUGGACGAGUUCCCUGAGAAGCUUCCGAUUGCGAAGAAGUUGGAUACCAGGCCACAGAGAGCAAUUGCUGUAAAGACGGCUGCAAAGCCAGGCAAGCGCAACACAGAUGCGAAGAGAACGGAGCCGCCAAGACCGCCUCAAGAUGCUGUGCAAAGGGUGCUUGAGGAAGCAUCUCGCUUGGCACGAGAGGUGGCCAAUGUGCAGAAGCAAUUCCGUGAGAGCAAGGCGGCAGUAGAUGCCCGUGGAGAUGAGGCCACUGCACUCCUCGAUGACAUUGCCAAGGCUGGCAUUAAGCGCAAUCGAGUGGACUGAGUCGACUGUGCUCGGCUAUGAAUUCAGAAUAGUGACAAGGUAAUUGCGAAACAUUUACAUUGCUCACUACAAACCCGGC